CUCGACAGGUCAUAUUCAGUUCAGCCUUCAAGCCACAUACAUUGUACUGGCUCAGUCUAUUACAAUACACAGACUGUAUCAACAGUUACACAUAUCAAAGGCUGUAACAGUGUGAGAUUAUCAAUAUAGCAAGAUGGAAAAGUCUCUGUACAGUGACAUCAUAGGCUUCACAUAUAACGACGAUGCAAAAAAAACUGUGACACAAGUGAGGCUAAAUUACAGCGACCCAGGGACAGAUCAGAUGGCAAGCGGUGGAUUAUAUCAGAUGGACAACACUUUGGCCGGAGAUUACAGAGACAUGGAUGUAAACACAGCCAUGGAUUUCAUGAACCUCAGCGACUCCACGGACGUGGGAGAACAGCAGAUUGAGCUUCCGAUUUACAUGAGGGACAUGGUGAGCAACGUCCUAACCCAGCAACAAGACUUCCCGCUGGAGCUCAGUGAUUCCCUUCAGACAGACCUGGAUCUUUGCGCCUCCACGCUCUGGACCGACGAGGAUCAUCUGAAUCUGGAUGCCAUAAAUCCUGACGAUCUGUUCACGAGCACAGCUGGAGACUCGCACCAGUCGGAGAACCUGUACGAACCUGUAGCGUACCAGCCCCUCGAGUACGCAGCCUCCCCUCAGCCGCAGAGCACACGGGCGUCGGCCGGGAAGAGGAGAACGAGGGCGAAAUCCAGAGCCCAGAGCACCGCCCCAGAGCCUCAGACGUCGAGCUAUUCCGUCUGCGAACAGCCAUCCCUGGAGGACCUAGGAGUGCAGGCACACUCUCCCUACAGCGACGCCGGCAGCUCUACAGACGAAGGCAGCAGACCUCGCCAGCGACGGCCACGGGUCUCGUACGACACCCUCACGGAGGAGCAGAAGUACCAGCGCAUUCGAGAGCUGAACAACGAGGCUUCCAGAUUGUAUCGACAGAGACAUCGCCAGAGCCUCAGUAAGCUGGAGAAGGAUCAGCACGUGCAGGAGGAGAGAAAUCGCGCCUUAAGAGCCAAGGUGGAAGGGUUGGAGAAGCUGAGAGACGAGAUCCAGACAUACGUUAAUAAUGUGUUCAGACAGCGAUUCAGCAACUAGGUGCUUUCCGGAGAUAUGCCUCGUGUAGUACUUAGUUAGUAUGGAAUAAUGUUGUAUCAAUAUUAUAGUUAUGAAUCUGUGAUCAAACUGCAUGUUAUGGCAUAGUCGUAAUUCUUUACUUAGUCUGAAUGUGUCCAGUACCUUACUUAUUUUAAUGUGUUUUUAAGACUUGUUUACUGUUAAAUUGUAACUUUUAUACUACAUUUAUAUAUUUAAUAAAAAAAACAUAUAUUACUAUUA